AGAAAAGAAAGAAAAAAUCUGGAGUAACGCAGCAACGCAGGGUUUUUUAGCCUUCAGCUGUGGAGAUUUUUUCCUCUUUGUCUCUUCCAAAACAACCGAUAGAUGUCGCAGCCUAGGGACUUUCGGUGAUCGACGAACCUCGAAUAGGGGAAAUGCCGCGCGACGGAUUGGCAACAGGCAGCCUGGCAGAGUGUGUGCAAGUGUAGUCAUGGCUGUCUGACAAAACAUUCGAAAUAACAAGAAUUAACGCGGCGGUUGGUUGUCGAGGGUGCGAUGUCGUGUUGCCCGCGAGGCGCAACGCUGUCCUGACUCGGAUUACAAACGGUUGGCCAGUGACACGCCAGCGAAGGAUCGAUUCGUGGCCGUCUGGCACGUUUCACGGUGCACCCGCUAUAGAUCACCGUCGGGAAUAAUAAUAAAUAAGUGGAUCGAACUGUGGAUCGGGGGGGAAAAAUCGAAAUUGUGUCGCGGUACCGAAGACGAUCUCACGUGAGAACGCCUCCCUUCCGUAGUCCCUUCCGUGGGUCCCUUGCUGAGACGAGCGUCGUAUACCAACUUCGACCACCGACAACGAUCGAUUACGCAAGAUGACCAUUCUGUCGAAGAAGAAGACGAACGCCUCGAAGGACAGACGGGAAGGAGGCAGUACGUCUGAAGUCGACGUCCACGGCGUGCAGAACGAGCACAACCCUGGGUCCAUCGCGCUACCAAACAGCCCGUAUCAGUGGCUGUAUCGGAAGAAAUUCGCGUUCCAAACGUGAAAGAGAAAGAGAUAGAGGGCGAGAAAGAGACAGGGAGAGAGAAAGAGAACGUGAAAGACAAGCUACACCUCCCACUGCAUCCAGCAGUGGUUUACAAGCUACAGAUGGUAGUGUCAUAGCUAACAACCGAAUGACUAUUGUUGGGGCUGCUGCAAAUAUAGAACAUGAAUUAGCUAAUGGAUAUAACAGUGGUGAUGAAUACACUGGCAGAACUGGGAAUAAUCUUACACUAGCAGAAUGGCAAGAGCGGGAUAGGUGGUUUGAGAAACGGAUGCGGAAAAUGGGAUUUAUUGUCAAGAAAAUGGGUGAAGACGGAGCAUGCUUGUUUAGAGCUGUUGCAGAUCAAGUUUAUGGUGACCAAGAAAUGCAUGGUGUAGUUCGGAAGCAUUGCAUGGAUUAUAUUGCUUCCAAUCAAGAAUUUUUCUCUCACUUCGUAGCGGAAGAUUUUAGUACGUAUGUAGAUAGGAAACGGCAAGAGUAUGUACAUGGAAAUCAUAUAGAGAUGCAAGCAAUGUCUGAAAUGUAUAAUCGUAGCAUUCAAUUGUAUUGCUACAGUACUGAACCUAUCAAUAUUUUCCAUACGAUGGUUGAAAGUGAUAAUGAACCAAUACGAUUGUCUUACCAACGUGGUAGCCAUUAUAAUAGUAUAGUAGAUCCGUAUAAAGCUACAAUUGGCGUUGGUCUUGGCUUACCAUCAUUUAACCCUGGAGCUGCAGAUCGACAGCUUAUAUCAGAUGCAGUUCGUCAAAGCGAAGAAUUACAUAUUGAGCAGACUAUGCUAGAAGAUAAAAUAAAAGCAACUGAUUGGGAAGCAACGAACGAAGCUAUAGAGGAACAAGUUGCCAGGGAAAGUUAUUUGCAAUGGUUAAGGGAUAAUGAAAUGCGAAAAGCUCGAUCAGCCAGUAGCAGCAGCACAAGUACGGUAACAAGUGCGCAACACAGUCACGCUCAUUUUCAUCCCCAUGGAGGUCGUGGCCAACAACGUAGCCACACUUCUUCUCCGACCACGACUCAAACUAGCCAAGAUAAUUUGCGUAAUUCACCAAAAGUAAACGAUUCCGUAAGAUAUAAUAAAAGAUCCCCGCAACAUCAGUCAACACAAGGAUCAACUAUGUCGCACCUUGCCUCAGACUUUGAAUCUAAAAUCUCUCAGGAACCUGUACCAGGUAGCAGUAAAGAGGCUCACGCUUCACCGGAUAUCUCGUUAUUUAAUCGUCUUCCUCCUGAAGUGUUUGGUUUGACUGAUUGGGAAGACAGUGAUAUACUUUCGCAAGUUUUGGCCACGUCACAGCAAGAAUACUUGGACAGCUUGAAACAAUCACGGAGUUCUACCUCCUCUGGAAAUGAUACUAACAAUAUACUAGAUUCCAGUAAUAGUUAAUUUUUAAAAUCGUUAUUGAUAAAGUUUAAACGAAUACAGAAGCAAAAGUAUAUGCAUUUGUAUGCAGCGUUUUUCAUAGGAUGUGAUAUAUCCGAAAAAUAAGAUAAUUCUAAAUCAAAAAAAAAAAAAAAAAAA